AUGGCCGAGUUCUCGAAGCGUGUUGCCGAGUAUCCUGUGGUUAAUGAUUCGUUGAAAGUGGCAUCAAAUGCGUACACAUGGGUUUCUAGUGGCGAGCACUUUAAAAGCAUAUUCCAACUUAGUGAGCAAGCUGCAAAUGUUCUUAAAGAAAAAGCAAAAUCACUGGCCAGCACAGGCGCUGUAAGUCAGUUGGACGAUAUUGCCUGUCGUCAAAUUCUGGAUCGCAUCGAAUCAGUUGUCCCACAUGUAAAGAAGCCGACCGAGGAUCUCCUGGGACCGAUUGCAGAUCGCGCCCUAACUGCCGCUGAAAGCUACCUUGAAUACUUCAUACCUUCAGUCAAAGACACAAAGCCGGAUGAUUCUCAGCCGCUUUCUCGCUACGACCGCCUAAUGCGCUUACAGUCUGCCUUGGCUGGUUCUGAGAAGGUGCAGGCCGCGCAGGCAACCAUCGCCUCUGUCUAUCAGAAGAUGCAGGAUAGCCUGAACACCAUCUCCCCGUCGCAUCUGGCCAAAACUACGGACAGUGUGAGUCAAUAUGCUGUGGAGCAGAUGCGCGCAAUUCUCGACGGCCUGCACAGUACCCUGACCAGUCUGAAUGAGCGCCGUGAAUCGUGGAUGCACAGCCUGAUUUCAGAGCAGCCAGCAGCUGCCAAGGAGGCAGUGGAAAUGCAGGAACUGCAUCCUGCGACUGAGGUGGGUCCACUUUCUGCCACUCCUAAUCACCUUGCCUCCCUCCACUGCCAUAGAACAUGA